AUGUUUACUGGUGAAUUAGCUGAAAGUCGACAAACAGAAAUAAUUAUUCGUGAUAUUGAUGAGUAUGCCAUGGAAUUGUUAAUUGAAUAUUGUUAUACUUCAAGAAUUGUUGUUGAUGAAAAAAAUAUUCAAAUGUUAUUACCAGCAGCUUGUAUUCUUCAAAUUGAAGAAGUUCAAAUAACAUGUUGUGAAUUUCUUCAAAAACAACGUGAUCCAACAAAUUGUUUAGAUAUUCGAGCAUUUACGGAUACACAUUCAUGUCGAGAACUUUUGCGCAUUGCUGAUCGUUAUACACAACAACAUUUUAUUGAUGUUAAAGAAAGUGAAGAAUUUUUAUUUUUACCAAUAAAUCAAUUGAUUGAUAUUAUACCAAGUGAUGAAUUAAAUAUGACAAGUGAAGAUGUUUUUAAUGCUGUUAUGCAAUGGGUUUCAUGUGAUGUUCAACAAAGAAAACAAUAUUUACCUAAAAUAUUAGAACAUGUUCAAUUUUCAUUAAUGAGUGCUAGAUUUCUUGUUAAUACAGUUAGUUCAGAUCCAUUAAUUAGAGCCGAUCAAACAUGUCGAGAUUUAGUUGAUGAAGCUAAAGAUUAUUUAUUAUUACCACAAGAACGACUAAAUAUGCAAGGACCAAGAACAAGACGAAGAAAACCAAUUAAAUCUUCUGAAGUUCUUUUUGCUGUUGGUGGUUGGUGUUCUGGUGAUGCAAUAGCAAGUGUUGAAAUGUUUGAUCCAACAACGAAUGAGUGGCGAGCUGUUGCACCAAUGUCAAAACGAAGAUGUGGAGUUGAAGUUGCUGUACUCAAUAAUCUUUUAUAUGGUGUUGGUGGUCAUGAUGGUGUUAGUUAUUUGAACAGUGUUGAACGAUUUGAUCCUCAAACAAAUCAAUGGAGUAAUGAUGUAGCACCAACGAGUUCAUGUCGAAUAAGUGUUGGUGUUGCUGUACUUGAUGGUUGUCUUUUUGCUGUUGGUGGACAAGAUGGAAUUUCUUGUUUAAAUCUUGUUGAAAAAUAUGAUCGAUCAGUUCAACGAUGGACUCGUAAAAUACCUAUGGGCACGAAAAGAUUGGGUAUAGCUGUUACUGUACUUGAUGGAUUUCUUUAUGCAAUUGGUGGAUCUGAUGGACAAUCACUACUUAAUACAGGUUAA